AUGGAAGACCAAUGCGUAUUAAUUUUGGUCUAUGUGGAUGACGUGUUGGUGACAGGAAGCUCACCCAAGUUGAUUGCACACACCAAGGAAGACCUGAAGACACGCUUCGAGAUGACUGAUAGCGGCAAGUGUGCAUUUGUUCUUGGAAUUGAGCUUUUGGACGGUGAAGAUGGCAGUGUGACACUAUGUCAGCGUCGGUAUGUCGAUGAUAUCCUCAAGCGCUUUGGCAUGGAUGAUUGCAAGGCAGUCGCAAGUCCAGUCGACAUGAGCUCUCGACUUGUUUCAAGUGAUGCAACUACCAAGGUCGAUGCUCCUUUUCGCGAAGCUGUUGGUGCGUUGAUGCACCUGACCACUGCAACGCGUCCGGACAUUGCGUUUGCUGUGGGCUAUGUGUCGCGGUUCAUGGAAAAUCCCCAAGAAGAACACUGGGUUGCAGUUAAGCGUAUCUUUCGCUACCUACAAGGCACCAAGACGCAUGGAAUUUGCUACAAGCCAAGUGCAAGGAUCGACUUCCGUGGAUAUUCGGAUGCGGAUUGGGCUGGUGAUCUUACCGACCGCAAGUCAACAUCGGGGUACACGUUCAUGCUACUCGGUGCGCCAGUCAGUUGGGGCAGCAAGAAGCAGCCAAGUGUUUCGUUGUCCACGAGUGAAGCCGAAUACAUCGCACUCAGCUUGGCGAUUCAAGAGGGGCAAGUGGAUUCAUCGUCUGCUUUGUGA